AUGCCAUCAGCACUCACUAGCGAAGAGGUCCCGGAAGGGACUCGAACUUCACCUCAAAGUGCCACUGUCGUGGUCGUUAACGGACGUUCAAAGGGGAUAGACCAACCGGUGACAAACGGCGAGGCACCCACCAACGACGAAAAGUCUAAAGCACUAGAAGAUGGCAAGAGCGCCGAUGAAGAUCAAGACCAAGCUAUGAAAUGCGAGAUCAAGCACCUCGAUCGUCGCUACGAUGACAAAGACGAGCAGUACUUUGUCGAACGGAAGGAUGAGGUGAAGAAACCAGAGCAGAAGGACUGGUGGCGUCUGUUUGCCUUCUGCGUCGUUAGGCACUACGACUCCGACAACGAGCUCAGCUACACGCGUCUCUACGUCAAUCCGCAACCCAUUCGACAGCUUCUCUACGAUGUUAUCGGCAACUACCCUUCUGACCCGAUUGACGUGGAUGACACGCAAAUCGAGGCGCCGUACCAUUCCCUUUUCUAUUACAGGAAGCAGCUAGAGGCUGAGGGUAUGAAGCGGUUCGAUGGCGACGCAGAGGCAUUGUCUCAACUGCAACUGCUUCUGAACUGGACCGACACCCACUUUGAGCUUGACACGGCAGCAAGAAACAGAUGUCUCAAUGGGGAUGUUAAUGCCAUUGCGUAUGACCGCCUAUGGACCUUAUUUCCUCCGGGCACGAUCAUCUACUGCAAACUACUUGAACAGCACCGCGCCUUCCGUGUCGUCGAAAACUGGUAUGAUACCAGUGAACUGCCCGGCCUUAGCCUGAAAGUUCAGUUUAUUGACUUUGACGGUGAAAGGAUUGGAACCCGGAAGCUGGAGCUAUUCGUGCCCAAGUAUACCGGGACACAGGAUUUAAGCGAGCUCCCAACUAUGCCCCUCGAUCUGCUGGCUGAUGUCGAUGAAGUCCGCGAGGCGCUCACCACACGUGGAAGAAAGUUUGAGCGCUAUAUUGGACAGCAUUACGAGCAAUAUAACGGCGUUGGACUGAGAAAGACCGCACAAGGAUACGCCCGCUUCAACGUUACUGGUCGAGUCAUGAUUGAUUGCAAGACUUACCAUCGUCUUGAACCAAAUGACUCGUUCCACGUUAGAGAAUUGCACGACGACCAGGCGGCUAAACGUGAUCGGGCGCGGCGAAGGGCCGCAGGCCACACUGACUUCGUUUCGGAGAAAGUUGUACAUGACAAGUUGUCUGACGACGACGUCUUGCUUACGAAUGCUACAGUCCGUGGAUAUUCAUUUUCAGCCAAGAAGUUCCUAGAAUUCUUCACAGACAAGUUAUUUCCGAUUGAGUGGAACUCACACUGCUUUGAUGAUUUGGUUCUUGACGAUGGCAUCAAGAAGACUGUACAAGCUCUGGUGUCCACACACUCCUCCGAGCGAGAAGCUUUCGAUGAUAUCGUUAAGGGCAAGGGGCAGGGCCUCGUGUGCGUCUUGCAUGGCCCCCCUGGCGUUGGAAAGACAUUGACUGCGGAGUGUGUCGCGGAAUAUGUACGACGACCUUUAUAUAUGGUCUCCUCUGGGGAUCUCGGGGUCACAAGCUCAGAUUUGGACGGCCAGCUGACAAGGAUCAUGGACAUGACCUCUACGUGGCGUGCUGUACUCCUCAUCGACGAAGCAGACGUGUUCCUUGAGCGCCGGUCCCUGCAUGAUCUUCACCGCAACGCCAUGGUGAGCGUAUUCCUGCGAGUACUGGAGUACUACUCUGGCAUCCUCUUCUUGACGACCAACCGUGUCAACACCUUCGACGAUGCCUUCAAGUCGCGCAUCCACAUACCGAUCCGAUAUACGGACCUCUCUGUGGAAUCACGGAUGCAGAUAUGGCGCAACUUCUGCAAGAUGGUUCCCGGUGGGGUGGACAUCGAUGAACUCGGUCUAGCACUGCUCAGCGAACACGAUCUGAAUGGCCGCCAAAUCAAGAAUGUGAUCAAGGCAGCUGAAAGCUUGGCCGCUUUUGACAAAAAGAAACUUGACCUCCAGCAGCUUCAACAGGUCACAAGGAUUCAGGCAACUUUUGAGAAAGAUCUAAGCAACCUCAGUGGAGUGGACUACACCGCGCCUGGUGCUUCACGUAAGGAUGCUGACAGCCGGGCUAUGUUCUUGUGA